AUGGAAUCGGGUCUGCUCACCCUCAGAUCUGUGGCUCCUAAGUCCGUCUUCUGCGGUCGAAAGGCAAUCGUCGACUUCAUCCUGGGCAAGUCGCGCGAGCGGGGCGGCGCAGAAAGCGCCGCCGAACAGUCGCGUGUUAUCGCGCAAAUGGAGGAGCUGUGCCCCAAGUGGUCUCUUGACAAGGUCACGAAGGCUAUCAAGAACGGGGAUCUGGAGCGUAGAUGGCCGCCGGAAGCGUGA